AUGUGGCUUAACUUCUCUUCUUCUUCUUCUUCUUCCUUUUCCCUCUUAAUGUUCCUUCUCUUCUUGUUUACCUUCCAUGCCUUAGCAGCACAAGAUAUAAUCAAUACUACUUGUCAGAAAUGCUCACAACAUGAUCCAAAAAUUGACUACAACUUCUGUGUAACCUCUCUUCAAGCAGAUCCCAGAACCCGCAGCGCCGAUCUUCGCAAACUCGGAUUGAUUUCAAUCAAGUUACUUGCACACAAUCUGACAACUACAAGGCAAAGUAUUGAGGGGAUGUUGAAGAAGAAGAAGAUUAAUGAUCCACACAUAAGGGCAUGCUUGAAUGAUUGUUUGGAGCUUUAUUCUGAUGCCAUCGAUACAAUCGAACAGUCCAACAAAGAUUACAAGUCCAAGCACUAUGAAGAUGCUAAUAUGGAUAUAAGUUCAGUAAUGGAUGCUUCCACCACUUGUGAACAUGGGUUCAAGGAGAAAGAUGGUGCAAGUUCACCAUUGACAAAGAGGAAUAACAAUGUGUUUCAGUUGUCUGCUAUAGCACUUUCAAUCAUCAAUAUGCUUCGUUCAUAAUGUAUAAUAAUACAAAUAUAUAUAUUACAGUG